GUCUCGCGCGAAGUCACCAGGAGGCUCCGCGAAGCCUGCGCUUCUGCUGACUGGAGGGACUCGGAUUUUGCGGCGCGGGGCUGGCGCCAUGUUCCUCACCGCUGUUCUCCGCCGCGCUCGCAUCCCGGGCCGGCAGACGAUCGGGAAGCACCGGCUGCCGCGGUUCGUGUCUGAGCAGGCAAAGCAGAACAUGAUCCGCCGCCUGGAGGUGGAGGCGGAGAACCACUACUGGCUGAGCAUGCCCUACAUGACCGCCGAGCAGGAACGCGGCCACGCCGCCGAGCGCCGGGCUCGGGCCUUCGAGGCCCUUAAGGCAGCACACGCGGCCAAGUUCCCCCCGCACAGGUUCGUUGCCGACCAGCUCGACCAUCUCAAUGUCACCAGGAAGUGGGCCUGACCCCGAGCCUUGCCCUUCGACUGUGUGGAUGACGGGACUGCGCUGCCUACCUGACCUUGGAACUGAAACCAAUCUCUGUACAAUUGUGACUCUUGAGACCAGUGUCUUACUGAAACAAGCCAACCUGAAUGCGAGGGCCUGUCUGUAGAAUACCUGGGGCCGUGGAGAGUAGGAGCAGCGGCCUGUUAGGUUUCUUAUUUUUGGAGCUUGAUAGGAAGACAUUAGGGAUUUCCUGUGUCAUAAAUGAUAUAAAAAUAUCUGGGAUGAAAGCUGCAAUAAAACUGUCUAUUGUGAUUUCA